AGCGUUGUUUUCUCCCACCACACUUUCUGGCACAUUUACACUGUCACCACAGCAUCAGAAAAAAUGGAGAAUGAACAGAGGAAGACAGAGCAAGAUGGCAGGGAAGCAGCCGAUGAGGUGGUGUGCCUCAGACGGCAGAUCGGGCUGCUGCCCGCUGUGUCCUUCAUCAUCGGGACGGUGGUGGGCAGUGGGAUCUUCAUCGCCCCAAAGGGAGUCCUGAUGAACAGCGGCAGCGUGGGGCUGUCUCUGCUGGUGUGGACACUCUGUGGCAUCCUGUCUCUGUUUGGGGCCCUGUGCUAUGCUGAACUGGGUACAACUUUUACCAAAUCCGGGGGUCACUACACUUAUCUACUGGAGACACUGGGACCCCUGCCCGCGUUUCUGCGCCUCUGGGUUGAGUUCAUAUUCAUCAGGCCAGCGGUGGCCUCUUAUGUGUCCCUGGCUUUUGGGCGUUAUGUGGUCGAGACCUUCUUCGCGCCCUGCGCCGCUCCCACCGUGCUCAUCAAACUCGUCAGUAUCCUGGGAGUGACCUUUGUGGUGGCCGUAAACUGCUGGAGCGUGAGCAUGGCUUCUCGCACUCAGGUUACUUUGACAUUCGUCAAGAUGUUUGCCCUGGUCCUCAUCAUCAUCCCCGGUGUCAUUGCUCUGGCCAAAGGGAAGACGGAAAAUUUCCAGAAUGGUUUUGAGGUUGACUUGUUGACGCUGGAUCGGUUGCCACUGGCCUUCUAUAAUGGUUUAUAUGCUUAUGGAGGAUGGUUUUAUCUGAACUUUGUCACAGAAGAGGUCAUAAACCCAAACAGAAACAUCCCACUGGCAAUAAUCGUCUCCAUGGUGACGGUGACCGUCUUUUAUGUGCUUGUUAACGUGGCCUACUACACCGUGAUGACCCCCGCAGAGCUGCUGCUGUCCGAUGCUGUGGCCGUGACGUUUGCCAGCCGCGCUCUUCAGGGACUGGCCUCGGUCAUCCCAGUUCUGGUGGCCUUGUCCUGCCUCGGGGCGCUUAACGGUGGCUUCUUUGGGUCCCCCAGGAUGCUGUUUGUGGGGGCCAGGGAGGGCCACUGGCCGCUGAUCUUUUCCAUGAUCCACAUCCGCAGACACACGCCUUUGCCCGCCGUGCUUUUCCUGUACCCUUUGGUGGUGCUGAUGCUUAUCACAGGAGAGAUCUACCAACUCAUCAACUUUGCGUCCUUUUCUCGCUGGUUUUUCAUCGCCUUGGCAACCUUGGGCAUGCUCAUCCACAGAUAUCGAUUUCCGGAUCACCCGAGGCCUUUUAAGGUGCCCCUGGCCAUAGCCAUCGUCUUCACGGUGGUUUGCUUCUUCAUUGUGGGUCUCUCCCUGUAUUCGGACCCCUGGAACACAGGGGGAAGCUGCGUCCUCACUCUGAGUGGGGUUCCCGUUUACUAUUUGACCAUCCAUCGCUUUCGGCUGCCUCGUAGAUGGAGGAGCGUUUUCAACCACUGGAGCAAACAGCUGCAGACCCUUCUGGAAGUGGCUCGACAGGAGGUCCAGACAUACUGACAGCCUCUUCAGCGAUGCCACUUUGACAAGUUCUCCAAAACCAUUUUGUUGGGAGCAUUCAUUUUAUUUAGGAGUUAACACCUGAAAAGGUUUUAAGACAAAAACCUGAAGCUAGUGGAGCAAUGCUGGAGACAAGAGGAAUGCAACUUGUUCUUAAAAAUAUAGUAAACUGAAUUAAAACUUGCACACCUCUCAUAAUGUGAAGUUCAACUUUUUGAUAUCCACUAUUGUUAGGAACAUUUUUUUCACCUCAAAGUAUAGUAUUUUGACUGUAUUUCUUUUAUAUGAUGAAUAAAACCAUUACUGAAUCAC